CUCUCUGCAGCUGCGGCCUCUACUCGCGCCUCUCCUCUCCACUCCACUCGGCGCAGGCGCGCUGGCUCUGUACUGAGCGUUUGCAUUGUGUCUGAACUGCCGGUGAGCUUUAAAAACAUUCUAGCCUUCCAACCGCGGCAAUGUCAGGCAGGUCGGUCCGAGCGGAGACCCGGAGCAGGGCGAAAGAUGACAUCAAGCGGGUUAUGGCCGCGAUUGAGAAAGUACGGAAAUGGGAGAAGAAAUGGGUGACCGUAGGAGACACAUCCCUGAGGAUCUUCAAGUGGGUUCCAGUGACUGAGCCCAAAUCAGCAGAUGAUAAGAGUAAGAAGAAGAAGGGGAAGGAUGAGAAGUAUGGGUCAGAAUUGACCACACCUGAGAACAGCUCUUCUCCUGGGAUGAUGGACAUGCAUGACGACAACAGUAACCAGAGUUCCAUCGCCGACUCCUCCCCCGUCAAACAGGAAACCAGCUGCAGCACUAGCCCCGCCCCUGAACCCUCUGCCGUAUCCCACGGCGAUAGCAGUGAGGCCAAGAGCGACCAGAGCCCUGGCAGCAAGAGGACGAAGAGCAACCCGUCCACUGAGGGCUCAGAGAGAGGACAGGGGGACAAGAGAGACAGCAGACCGACGUCCUCAGGAGAAAGGGACACCUCAGGAGACAAGGACACCUCAGACAGCCGCGAAGCCACUCAGGAACAGGAGGAAGAGGCUCCUCCCAGUAAGAAGAGCAUGCAGGAGUCUCCAUCUCAGGACUACGAGGAGAAAUAGACGUGCUGCAUCCUUUCUUCUCUAUCUCCUUCCUCACCUCCCUUUCUUCCUCCCCCCGUAGCCCCUAACACUCCCCCGAGCAGAGGGAGAAAGGACUUUGUCUCCCUCCACUAAGGCUUCCCUCCUCCUCUUCCACACUCACUCCCUCAUUAAUGCCACGAGUAGUUCUAUGAACCAGCCUGUUAUCCCCUCCAUGGCCAUGGGUGGCGCUGUGAGCCCAGCUCUUCCCAGAAGAGAAACACUGACCUGCACCUGUGACACAAACCCACUGACAGUAUGGGACUUCACAUUCUACGCUGGCACCACAAACUAACAGGAGUGAGGAUGGACUAACAGGAUGGAGUUUCCCCUAGACAGUGAUCUAAGGUUUAGUUUCUAUGUCCCCCCCCCCUGAUGGUUAAAAUUAGGAUGCAAGGGAAGGUAAACUGAUCCCAGAUCUGUAGCUCUCAACUUCUAACCCAGGAGCCACGUCAAACCUCCCCCUAACUCACCUUCGGUUGUUCCGGUGUUUGUUUAGGACAGUUUCCAGGUUGUUUAGUUUAGGGGUUGUUGUUUAGCCCAGGAGGGUCAAUGCGCUGUUAAGGUAUAAUGUCACAAAAACGGCACACUAUGGUUUUACUGCUGCUGUGCUGGGUGUGGAUUUCUGUCAGUUUGUUAUUUUAGCUUUAUUUAACUUGCUUUUUUUUCUAGAGGAAGAACAAGAGUGGUUCUGGUCACGUUUAUUUUUUCGCAAGGACAUGCUUGUAGCAUAUGUAGGUUUUAUCGAAGGGUGUGCUUUGAUUAUUGUGGUAUAACGUACUUGGUAGGUCAAACUGUUUUUAACUACUUUUUUAUUGUACCAUGUUUUUAUUUUCCUUACGGUUUUAACAUUGAGCUGACGCUAAUGAUUUUAUUCAGCAUUUACAUUCAACUAUAAACAGUUUCUGUUUCGCAUUGGUUACUGUUAGAAAGACAACAUGUACUGUACAAAACCGCAUUCUGCAAAUAUCUCGAAAGAAGAAUUGACUUUGAGGGAGUCAGCAGCUUCCCACGAGCCUGGGUGUCAGUCAGUUUCUCUUCCCAGCUUCUUUCCUGUCAAAAGGCAUGACGACUACAAAAGAGUUGAGGAGUUAGACAGAAACAUGUGGGUGUCUGGGCUAAAUUCCCACUUGGUCAACAGCAAUGACCGUUUUUCUAUGAGUCUUCAUUGCCAUCGCGGUGGUUUAAAUGUACUACUACAUGUAUCACCUUUCAUAACCUCCCCUCAGUGUCCAGUCCGGCUUGUAGUUCAAACUGUGGCUCAGAUUCUCAUUCAAGGUGCUCAGAUCCUCAUUCAAGGUGCUCUCUGUGGGUCGCAACCUAACUUCAGGAUAGAGGAAGGAACGCAUAUUCGUACAAAUCUGUCAACUCCACACACACACACACACACACACACAAA